UUUCCGGCCCAGUGGCGCGUCCUGUUGUCUAGGCAACCAGGGGAAGACGCUGGUACAGGCCAAGGCGGCGGCGGCGGUGCGAAGGCAUGUUCAGCAAUGUUCGGAUCGUGCUUCCUGACGAAGAAGACGAAGAAGACGAAGGCAAUCGGAGGCGGAGGAUUGCAGAAGAGCAAGCAGUUAAUCUUAUUCAGAAAUUCUGGUGGACUCACAUAAGGAAAAGACUGUUUAAACUUCUGAAACACACCAUUCGUGCAGCAGAACACUGCAUUAGCCAUGAGAUUUUGAAGAGAGUGAGCCCUUUAGAGGCUGAACUUCUUAAAGAACCCACUAUUCAGUAUAAAGUUCGAUUCAGAUUUGCUGGGACUGUUUUCCCCCCUUUUAUUGUGUUCAAGAUAUUUUUCACUCCAGGAAACCAAGGCAACCAGUACAUGAGUGGGAAAACAGUAAUAACAUCAACAACCAAGGCAGCUGUUGAUGCUUGCAAGCUAAUGGGAUAUCGGAAGUAUUACAAUCAGAUGCUGUGGGAUGAGCUGCAGUACAAGAAAUAUGGAAUAAUGGAUGAGAUUGAUAUUGCUACAAUAAGAGACUAUGUUCAAAGUCUACAUUUGGGAUCUGUUUUCAACUUUUCAAUUCUGGAUUUGAUGGCAUUGGUUCGAAUGGCUUGUUCUUGGGCUGCCAGAAUCAGGCCCUCCAUCUCCUUUUUCAGAGUUCCAUUUGUGAGCCACAUCCAUGUUUUUUCUUUGUCAAUUUGGCUCUCAAUUUUUCCCAGAAACUGUCCAUGGAGUGCCUUCUUUCGCCAGUUUUCUCUUCUGCUCUGGAUUGUGUUUUUACGCUCCCCCGUACCAUGUCCCACAACUGCCUGUCUUUCAAAAAGAGACCGCAUGUCACUCCGUAGAAUUUCUGAACGUCGUUCAUAUCAGGCUCGGCAGAAGGUUUCAAAAAUGAGGAAAGUCUACAGGACCAAGAAAGGGGAGGAGGAGGAGUUAGAUCACCCAUCUUCAAGUUAUCAUUUAAGAAGUCUUCAUUCACCGACUGAUAACGAAAGCCUCUUUUCAGAUGAAGAUUGGGAGCAAGAGGCCGUGAGACUCUAUGACUGGGCCAGAUCACUACGGAGUGAAGAUAUUGGAGAAGACUAACUCACGAGAAAUCUGUCUGCUUUUUAUAAAACAGAUAAAAGUUGUUCUCUAUAGCUAGGAAUUUGCCAUGCAAACAGAGCGUUGGCAGACCAUGAACGUAAUUUGAACAACCCCUCUCUAAAUUUAAGAAAUUCAUAAUAAACCACCAGAAACAGCAAAGAGUUCUGUCAUUUUGCAAACAAUAACACAUUCGUUAUAGUUGUUUUUGUCAAAUACAUGCAGGUGGAUUACAUACACAAUAGUCCAUGCUACUGAAUCCAGACGAGGUUCUCCUGGUCAGCCACAAGGCCAAACUGGGUACAGGGUUACAGCUUGUGUUGGAUGGGGUUGCAUUCCCCCUGAAGACAGGUUCACAGCUUGGGAGUGAUCCUGAAUUCAUCACUGAACCUGGAGACCCAGGUCUCUGUGGUAGCCAGGGGAGCUUUUGCAAAAUUAAUAUUUGUGCGCCAUUAGCACCCAUACCUUGGAAAGUCAGACUUGGCCACAGUGGUCCAUGCUCUAGUAACAUCCUAAAUUGACUACUGCAAUGUGCUCUACAUGGGCUUGCCUUUGAAGACUGGAAGCUUCAAAUGGUCCAGCGGGUCCCAGCCAGAUUGCUCACUGGAGCGGUGUACAGGGAGCGUACAACUCUUCUGUUACAUCAGCUCCGCUGGCUGCCAGUCUGCUACCAAGUACAAUUCAAAGUGCUAGCUUUAGCCCAUAAAGCCCUCAACAGUUGUGGCCCAGCUUACCUGUCAGAACGUAUCUAUGAACCAUCUCAGAGGUUAAGAUAGUUUGGGGAGGCCCUGCUCUCAAUCCCACCUCCUUUGCAGGUGUGGUUGGUGGGGACGAGGGACAGGGUUUUCUCAGUAGUGGCACCUUGGCUGUGGAACUCCCUCCCCAAUCAGCUCCUUCUCUCCUAGCCUUCAGAAAGAAAGUUAAAACAUAGCUAUGGGACCAAGCUUUCAGAGAGUAACUGCAGUGCAAUAAAUUAAUGUGAAAUCUCUGAUGACAACUGGAAUGGCUUUGGACUAUGAUCUGGGAUGACAUGAUUUUAAUAAUGGAUGUAAUUGUUUGGUAUUAUUAAUUUUGAUGUUUUUAAUGAAAAUGUUUAUUUAAUUGUAUGUUUUUAUGGUACUGAAUUAUUGCCAAUGUGUAAAGCCGCUCUGAGUCCCCCUCAGGGUUGAGUAGGGCAGGGUACAGAUGUCGUAAAUAAAUAAAUUUGUUUAAGUGCCACAGCA